UGAUUUGAUACUGGCUAAAGAGAUUGUCGAAAGGAACCAGGCCGUUUAGUUUGUCAGGCGUUGAAAGAAGUAAAGUCUUCCAUUUCGGAAGACUUUUAAAGACCUUUUGAAAAAAUAUUAUAUUAGUAAAAUAGAAAAAAAGCAAAUAAUAGUAAUCUAAAUAUCUAUUAGUUUAAUUCUAUAUGAAAAACAAUUUCAAGUUUGGAUAAAAUAAUAAUACAGUGAUAAGUGAGAAAUUAAAUUUUUUAAAAUGCAGAAUUACGGACAUGAAGAUUAUAAUUAUAAUGGAGAACCAACAGUAGAAGGAGGUAGUACUCGAACACUACCACAAGUGCCUGGUGCUAGGCCCAUGGUAGAUCCUGAAGCCUCAGGAGAAGUUGAUCCUACACUAUAUGGCCAACCAAAAGAAGCAACUCAUAAAAUACGGGGCAAAAGCGAUUUUUUGGAGUACCUUUUUGGAGCAGUUGAUCAGGAACUAUUGACUGUUAAAACAUUUUAUUUCUUCUUUUAUUCAGCAUUUGGAUCAUUAUUUCCUCUUAUGGGAGUCUACUUUAAACAAAUGGGAAUGAAUGCAGGACAGUGUGGUCUUUUGAUCGGUCUACGGCCUUUUAUUGAGUUUUUGAGUGCUCCGUUUUGGGGCUCUUUGGCCGACAGAGAACCAUGGAAAUUUUACAGAUGGCAAAAAGGAAAGCUGAUUCUUCUGGCAUCUCUUUCAUGUUGGAUAGUAUUUACAUUACCUCUGGGUUUUGUUCAACCACCAGCUACAUCAUGUAUUUUCAAAAAAAAUGGAACUUGGAGGUUGGAAAUAGCUGAUGAAAAUAUGCGAAGUAGACGAUCUAUACCUAUAACUAAUUACUAUCUUCCUGAUCAAGGAAGUGAAGAUUUAGAAAGUGCUGCUAAUGUCGUAUUUGAACAAUAUGUUCGUAGUGAAAAUGAUGUAAUACAUAAAGGCUAUUCUUAUGGUCUUAUAAACAAUAAUGUUGAUAAUGAUUCUAUGAAACAACGACUGCAGAGUAACAGAGUUCGAAGACAGGCUGAUACCAAUUCUGGAGAAGCUGUUGAUUUAAAAUAUAAACAAUAUGUUUUGACAGAUAGUACUGAGGAUAGUUCAAAUACUCAAGACAUUGACUUCCGAACUAUUGCUAAGCAAAAUAGACCUGCUGAUGUUUUAGAGUACAAAAGGUUUCUCAAGAAUGAACCCCUCGAUGAAACAAGACCUCCUAAGAAAGCACACACAAGAACAAAAACACGUUCCAAACCUAUACGAACCAAAGUAAUGGCAAAACGUGAUGCAAAUUUCAAUGAUGACGAUGAUGAUGAUAACAAUGAUGAUAGUGAUAAAUCAUUCAUUAAAAAUUUGGGUAAAUUUGACAAUCAGUUAAAUUUCGGUGACAACAUAUUCGUAAGAUCAUUUUAUCGUACAGACGAUGAAGAAAGAAAAAUUGGAGAACGAAGAGAAAACGAAGACAAUGAUCGGGAAGAAGAUGAUGAGGAUGAUGAUGAUGAGUUUGAAGAUGAUUCUGAUGAAGAAGAAAUUGAUGUACCACUGAUAAGAACACGAAGAAGUAGUCCAUACGCUCAUCCAUCACCAGCAGAACAUAAGAGUCCAAUACCUGUUACAUUUGCAAUUAAUUACGAUGAAGUAAAAAAUAAAGAUUGGGUCAAACCUCAAUUUAGUUCAAUUGUUUAUCGACUUUCCGAUAUCCAGAAAACUUUCUUCCUGCUUUUGUUAUUAGUUAUUGUAGGAGAAUUUUUCUCAGCACCUGCAAUUACUCUUGCUGAUUCUGCCGUAAUUACUCUUCUUGGAGAAGAUGCUGACCGAUACGGGCAUCAAAGAAUGUUUGGAAGUUUGGGUUGGGGUUUAGCCAUGUUUUUUGUUGGUAUUGCUUUAGACCAUAGUACAUCAUUUCCUGAACAUCCUUGUGGCCCAGGACCAAAAGAAAAAAAUUAUACUAUUUGCUUCGCAAUAUUUAGUGUUCUUAUGGGCGCAGCAUUAAUCACUGCAACUCAAAUCAAUUUUAAAUAUGAAUUUAUCGCUACUGAACCUGAAACAGAAAAGCCUCCUGCUGAACCAACACGUGAAGAACAAUUGCAAAGUCAAUUAUCUCAGCAAUUAAAUCUUCCUGGUUUACAGGACUCUUCAGCACAGCCACUUCCAAAGCCUCAACCACCAGAGGGCAAAACUAAGAUGUUUGCUCAGACAACAAGGGAAAUACCUGAGUGGGUAACGGUCUUGAAACAUUUCAAAGAUUUGAAAUGCGCAUCAUUUCUCUUUGUUGCGUGGUUUAUGGGUUUUGGAAUUGGAUUAAUCUUCACUUUUCUCUUUUGGCAUCUUCAAGAUUACGAUGGCACACCUAUACUCUUUGGUAUUGCUUCUGUAAUCAAUCACAUUUCUGAAAUUUUUGCAUAUUUUUUUAGCUUCAAGCUAAUCCGUCAAAUUGGUCACGUCAAGGUAUUAUGUCUCGGACUAGGUGGUAAUAUUUUAAGAUUUCUUUACAUCUCUUGGUUGAGAAACCCUUGGUGGGUUUUGCCUUUUGAAUUUAUUCAAGGCAUUACUCAUGCAGCUGUAUGGGCUGCAUGUUGUAGCUAUGUUGCUCAUAAUACACCCCAACAAUUGAGGUCAAGCGCUCAAGGUGUCUUACAAGGUUUGCAUCAUGGUCUUGGACGUGGAUGUGGUGCAGUAAUUGGUGGAAUGUUUGUGGCUAGUUAUGGAAGUAAAGCUACAUUCAGAGCUUAUGGUCUCAUAUGUGCUGUUGUUCUUGUGGCGUUUAUCUUCAUCAAUUUCUAUAGCAAAGAUACAGGAUUUGUCAAAGAUCUACCCCAGACACAAGAUCCACAUCAAGUUGCUGAAGCAACUCAUUUAGCACCGCAUGGGGUACCAAGUAAUGCAAUUCCUAGAGCUCUGAGUUCUACUAGGCUUCAUGAGCUCAGUCAAGAUCCAGGAUAUGGUGCUACCUAUCAAACUACCGGAGGAAAUCUUGAUAUUCCUGGUGGUAGUGUAAACCCGACGAAUCCUUUCUUAAGUGGCAAUGGAACUGGUACCGGCGGUGGAAACAAUUACAAUUACGGUAGGAUCGGUAAAGGAGAGGACGAGUUCAUUCGUAGAAGCUUUAAGCUUUACAAUGAAGUGAUGGAAAGGGAGCCCGAUUUAAUGAAGCCUCCAGCAAUGCUAACACACAUACAUGCCCAACAACCAUGCACUAAUCCGUUUCAUCAACACGAUUAUGAUUGGUAAUUAGAAUUUUCUAUGUGAAAAAUCGAAUUAGCAUUGACACGUCGUACAAAACGUAAACGGAUUUUAAUGAAUGAGAGAAUGAUCUAGAGAUAAAUCUCACUACUCCAUUAUUCGUAUAUCAUUUUAUAUUAAUCUUGUAGAUUAUAUUCAAGACUUUUUCAUAAAUAUGAGUUGAGUUCAAAAAAUCUAGUUAAUGUGACUAUAAUGUCUAUAUUAUAUAAUUAUACAAGGAAUAAUUUAAUCAUUCCUUAUUUCAAUUGGAAGAAAAUAACAAACAUUUUUAUGAAAAAUCAAUUUUUAAAGUCCAUGUUGUAACGAAUCUAACGAAUGCAAAGCCAUCCGACUUAUGUACAACAAUAUGAUAUAUUAAAAAAUCAAUGGAAAAUUAUAUUGUAAUUCAGUAAAAAUGACAAAAGCAUAAAUAAGUUUAUAAUGAUCUUUGACAUGAGUUGAUGAAUUACAAUAUCUGAAAAAAUUAAAUGGUAUAAUUAUUUAUUUAUUUUUUAUGAUUUUUUAAAUUAAUGAGUUCAUAGUGGGUAAAAUGUGACAAAUAAAAAGAAUAAUUAAAACUACAGCGGUUGUAAAUACCAAAAUAUAACCGUAGUAUCAACAACUGCAAAUAAAAUAUUGUAAAAUUAAUUAUAACACGCCUAGAUGUUCUUUAUCAUUUAUUAAUGAUAUGUAUAUUUAUAUAUAAAAUAAUAGAUAUUGUAUGGUUAGAUUUUAGAAAUUAUAUAAAUUUAUCGUUAAUUAUUUCUUAAUAAUUAAUUAUUAUUAUUAUUAAUAUUAUAUUGGACUGAAAAAAUGCGUUUUUAGAGUGGAAAAAUUGUUUUGUUGUGAUUUCAAAUAUUAUUGUAUAAGAAAUGCCUUAGCAUUUUACAAGGCACAAAAUUAUUA